AUGUCUGAAUUUUCCAAGUUUAAAAAAGCAGACUUGAGUCAAGUAUUGAAAAGGUUAGGUAUCCGUACCACGGCCAAGGACGUCAAAAAGGUAUUAGUUGAGAAAUUAGAUGCUUAUCUUGCUAAAAACCCCAAGGAUGUCAAUGCAGUUAAAAAAUUCCUUGAAGAAGUUGGUGCUAAUGAAGUAGAUGAAGAAGAGGUUACCGUUAUUGAAGCUGGGGAUGACGAUGACGAUGACUCCGAUGACGAUGAAGAGGAUUCGGAAGAUGAUGAUGCAGAUGAAGAGGAAGAAGAGGAAAGAUUGGAAGCUAUCCUUGUUGAAGAAGAAGAUGAAGACGAUAAGGAUUAUCAAGCUCCGCCACCAUUGAAUUUAAAAGAAUUUAUCUUGGAUCCAAUAAUCGCCACUAGUGAAAAUGCCAUUGAUAAAUUUUAUGAAUUGACUGAUUCUGUAGGAAUCACAUAUUUGGAACAUACCGAAAAAUUAAGAGAUCAGUUAAGUUCUACAAUUACUUUGAAUUUCUUAGAAUUGGGAUUAGAGUUUUUGAUUUACUUGUACAAUUUCACAAAUAUUGUCCCAUUAAAUGAAAAUAAGUUAAUUCAUCAAUUUUUCCAUGAUAAUAUCCCCCUUUUGGCCAAAUCUCAAUUACCUUCAUUAGAAUUAAUCGGAUUGUUUGACUUUAAAGCCAUUGCUACUUUUGCAACUUGGGUUGUCUUUGCCAUUAUUUCACCAUCAAUUAUCUCCUAUUUUAUCAAUUUCACAUCAAGAGUUAUUGACAUUGAAGACGAUGAAUAUUUGUUGAGAAUCUAUUCAUUCGACCCAUUCAUUUUUGCUUUAGCUAAGAUUUUAGUCUAUUACUUUGUUGGACAAAGUUCAAUUAUUGAAUUUGCUACAACUGAAAGUUGGGCUAGUGCUUUGUGGAAUAAAGCUUUGUUACAUUUGGGAUUGUAUCAUACUUUUGCUGCCACUUUGGGUACUUUACCUUAUGUUUUAGGAGGAGUUAAUGUUUUGAUUGCAUUGUACUCUCAAUUUGAAGAAUAUUAA